AAGUCCAAGGCUCAAACCCCUAAAUUAUUGGGUGUGGGAACCGUAGCGCCUUGCAGCUAGAUGUCUGCCAACGGUGAGCUCAAGAAUGUUCCCACCAUCAAGGCUUACAAGAACCCCGACUGGUUGGGAUCGCCGACCUCGCGGCACAUUAGGAUCAUGUGUGAACUCUACGAGCCGAUGAAGCGCUUGGAUGACAACAACAUCGACAAUUAUUUCAUCAUCGUGGGUUCCCAUUUGGUAAUGGAUCCAGAGGACCGGGUGAAACACAUCAAUGGCUUGGAGCAGCAACUCAAGAAAAUCACUGCUGAAGAGGAGGUUGAAGCAGUGCAGGCAAAGUUGCGCUUUGCCAAGAAGAUGCAGAAUAUGGACAAAUUUUAUGUGAUGGCGCGAGAAUUGGGUGAAAAAUUGGGCAAAUGGAACAGAGAACGGGCAGCCAUUGGCAAACCGUCCUACAACGUCAGCACUGGUGGUGGUCCGGGCAUCAUGGAAGCAGCCAAUCGGGGCGCACACGAAGCAGGUGACACAACCCUCGGCUUUGGUGCUAGCAGACCAGAGUGGGGAUCUUUGAACAGGUAUGUGUCAAACCAUGGCGCCUUCGAGUUUCACUACUUCUUCAUGAGAAAGUUCUGGAUGGCAUACAAGUGCAUGGGCUUGGUGGUGAUGCCUGGAGGCUUUGGUUCGUUGGAUGAGCUCUUUGAGAUGUUGGUCCUUUUGCAGACCAAGAAAAUUUCGCAUCCAAUGCCAAUCAUCUUGCUUGGUGCGGAGUUUUGGAAGAAGGCCAUCAACUUUGACUACCUGCUGGAGUGCGGGAUGCUCACACAAUCGCAUCUGGAUAUGUUGGUCUUCAAAGACUCCGCAGAGGAUGCUUUCCAGUACUUGGUGGAGAAUGUUAGGAAGGCUGAGGAAAGUGGAGAGACAGAACAGGUUCAAUCAGCCAAGCGCAGACGACUGGAGAACAAGCCCAGCGUGCCAAGCACUCCUUCCAAGAAAGAUAAAUAAGCAGAAGCUGUCGGCCCCGAAGGGCCAUAAAAUUGUUGGAAUACAGCGAUGUAUCCUCUUCCGGACCUUGGGGUCUGAUGUCUCACCUGAAUCUUUUGGCGCAGAAGUGCUGAUGCUUUAGCUAUGCUUUACGUCUUUACGUGUUGUUCUCUUGUGGAAGCCCGGAGGUGGGUUCUCCGAGACCCAAAGUCCGCAACCCCAUAGGUGCCAUGGCUUUCG